CAGGUUUGUUGCCAGCCAGCCGGUCGUCAACGCGCUCGCAUCCUUCUCUGACCCGAGCUUCCAUUCGUUUUGUCACACUCUUAAUGUAUGUGGCGCGCUGUCUCGUUAGCAAGCGGUCGCGACUGUAAUGUCAGAAGAACGCCGUUUAUUAAUGGGCGAAGGUAUUGCUUUGGAAGGUUGAAGGCACCUGGUAGACGAGUAGAAUCAUGCUGGCAAGUUGGUCGUGGAUGAAAAGCUAGCAUUCGAUAUCGUCCAAAGGGGGCGGAUAACGUCGUGAGCCGCCAAAAUAGAUGUAAAGUCAAAGGGCAAGUGCAGGCGAGAGAAAGUCCCCGCCCGACUGGAGAGAGUAAUGUGGAGGCAUGACGUCUUUGAUUUUGACGUGAAAUGGUACGAGUGGAUUUUUGUUGUUGUUGAGGUUGAAACUACAACAACUCCAACGUACGACGUGUUCCCCAUAGGGUAGCCGGCUAUUGCAAAGUGGACGGGAACGACUGAAGCCUUAGUAGGAAGCUCACUUCUAUUUCAACCCAAAGUGCCUGCCAGAGCUGCAGACAAGCCUCUCACCAGUCUGCCCUGUCAGGUGAAUCCGUUCCCAAUCUCGCUUCCUUCGAGCGAUGUGAUCCAGUCCAGGUGGACCUCUUUCUUCCUGGGGACUUGACUGAAGCACCACAAUGGACCAGCUGUGAUCCGCGGUGCCUCCUCUCUUAAGUUUGUUGGGGGCCACUAUUCUACUUUACCACCACAAGGGAGUGCAGCUCCUAUUUGCCUGUGAAGCAGUGAAAGACCGACGGAUACACUGCCCUGUGUUCUACUUUUCAUGGAUGCCCGGGUGGCUCUGCUGCACUUAUGGACAGUCCUUGUCCUGACAGCAGAAGUGAAUUGGAUUGAUACUGCAGAGGUGUACACCAAUGCUUGGGCUGUCCAGAUUAAUGGAGGCCCUGAGGAGGCAGACCGUAUCGCAAAUGAACACGGUUUCACCAACCAUGGCAAUGUUUUUGGAGAUUAUUAUCACUUCAGACAUCAUGCUGUGGAGAAGAGAGCUUUUUCUAGACACAAGGGGCUGCACAUCAGACUGCAACAAGAUUCAAAAGUUAUAUGGGCAGAGCAGCAAGUGGUGAAAAGGAGGAAGAGGAGAGAUGUCUUCGAGGAACCAACAGACCCUGAUUUCCCCAAACAGUGGUACCUGUCAACUCUGACUCACCAAGACCUAAAUACCAAAGUAGCUUGGGCUCAGGGCUACACUGGAAAAGGUAUUGUGGUGACUAUCCUAGAUGAUGGCAUUGAAAAAGACCACCCUGAUCUCAUCAGCAAUUAUGAUCCCAAGGCCAGCUAUGAUGUCAAUGACGGAGAUGCUGACCCCCAACCAAGAUACACUCAGCGUAAUGAGAACAGACAUGGAACUCGAUGUGCAGGAGAGAUUGCAGCUGCAGCAAACAAUGGCGUAUGCGGCGUUGGUGUGGCUUAUAAUGCUAAAGUUGGAGGAGUCCGUAUGUUGGAUGGGGAGGUGACAGAUUUGGUGGAGGCUCACUCACUUGGUCUCAAUCCUCAGUACAUCCACAUAUAUAGUGCCAGCUGGGGCCCAGAAGAUGAUGGCAAAUCACUGGACGGCCCUGCUAAGCUUGCGAAGGAGGCUUUCCAGCAGGGAAUCACAAAGGGACGUGGUGGGCUAGGCUCCAUUUUUGUGUGGGCCUCAGGAAAUGGCGGCAGAGAGCAGGACAACUGUAACUGUGAUGGCUACACCAACAGCAUCUACACAUUGUCCAUCAGCAGCACCACGCAAUCUGGAAAUGUGCCAUGGUACAGUGAGCCUUGCUCGUCCACCCUCGCGACCACCUUCAGCUCUGGAAACCCUGGGGAAAAACAGAUAGUGACAACAGACCUCAGGCAAAAGUGCACCGAUUCACACACAGGAACGUCUGCUUCAGCACCACUCGCUGCUGGGAUCAUUGCUCUGGCACUGGAAGCCAAUAUGAAUCUGACCUGGAGGGACAUGCAGCACCUGGUGGUGAGAACGGCCCGACUGAGACAUCUCAGCGCUGGAGACUGGAAAACCAAUGGAGUUGGACGCAGAGUGAGUCACUCAUACGGAUAUGGGAUCCUGGAUGCUGGAGCAAUGGUGGCUUUAGCGCAAAACUGGACCAGAGUGGGGCCGCAGCACCAAUGUGUUCACACCAUGCUCACAGAACCAAGAGACAUCGGGAGCAGGCUGGUGUUCAGUAAGAACGUUGAUGCCUGCUGGGGCCGGCCCGACUACAUCAGCUCUCUGGAGCACGUUCAGGCUCGUCUCACUCUCCUUCACAACCAAAGAGGCAAACUGUCCAUUCAUCUCGUCAGUCCACUGGGCACACGCUCUACCCUCUUGUUUCCCAGGCCAAAUGACUUCUCCACCGAAGGAUUCAAUGACUGGGCCUUCAUGACCACCCACUCAUGGGAUGAGGAUCCUCAAGGCGAAUGGACUUUGGAAGUAGAAAAUGUUGCAGCUAAUAGCCGUGACUAUGGAGUGCUGAGUCAGUUCACGCUCACUCUUUGGGGGACAGGAUCCAGUGUGGUCAGCCCCUUGUCGUCAGACUUCCCUCGGCCCUCCAACAACAGCUGCAAGACGUUUGAUGCCCAGCAGAUCUGCAUCGAAUGCAGCCCGGGCUUCUCCCUCUUCCUCCAAGGCUGCGUCAAGUUGUGUCCUCCCGGUUUUACAUCGGGGCCGCAGCUCCUCAAUCUCUCUCUGGAGAACUGGGUGGACCUAUCUUCAGUACAAGCCUGCCUGCCCUGCCACCCCGCCUGUCUCACCUGCGUUGCCACGGGGCACACGGACUGUCUGUCCUGCCCCCCACACAGCCGCCUGGUCCUCAGCUCCUGCCUGCACCAGAACCAGGUCCAGCGCAAAUCUCCUGCCGCUGGAGAGGAUCCAGCGGCAGAUGACGAUAAAAGGGGAGGAGGCGGUGACCCUCCUGAUCCCAGCUCGUCUUCUCAGCUUCCUGCCGUUGUGGCCAUUCUCGGGUGUGCCUUUAUCCUGACGGCCUUUGCUGGGGUUUUCCUCACACUGCAGCUGCGUUCGGGCGUAGCUUCUUCUGGCCGGAGGACCAAACUGCUCUCUGCGUAUGCCGACAGACGCGUGGGCUUUGGUUUCGGUCUGGGCCGAGGACAAAAGAGGAGGGCUCGUAUAUGCUACAAGGGGAUCCCCGCUGUGUGGGGGGACGAGGACAUGACCGCCUAUGAGUCUGAAUCAGACAGCGAGGAAGUUGACGGUCAUGGGGAAAGGACAGCUUUCAUCAAGACGCAGAGUGUCAUCUAGCCGACACCUGUUGUUGUGAUGGACUGUCUGGUACCAAGGUACGGGGGUCCUUGGUUUACGACUGAGUUUGUAAGUCGGAAUGCGUCGUGAUCUCUCUAAUCUGGUAGUAAAGUCAGAAUUAGUUAUUUGUAUGGAAAACACAUCAAGGCCAUAAGUGCAGGGUGUGCCGAAGCAUUCGACAUCAUUUGAUUGACAUCAUUUGACAUAUGAAUAUUUGAGCAACUACAGAAGGGUACUCUGAUUUCCUCCCACACUCCAAACACUUGCAUGUUAGGUCAACUCAAACUUGUCCAAUUGUGAGAAUUUGAAUUGAAUAUUUCAGUGCCCUUUGAUUGGCUGGUGACCAGUCCAGGAUGGACCCUGCCUCCCGUUCACCUAUGACCCUAAUAGGGAUAAGUGGUACAGAAAAUGGAUGGCGUAACUACAUCCUAAGAAAUUAGAUGAAAUGAUAGCCUUCAUGUUGAUAAACAAAUGAUCCAUUCAUGAAAAUUCCAACAAUGUAUUGAAAUAGAGAUUAAAAAAGUGAUAUUUUUAUCGCAAAGCAUCACAAAUGAUCCAUACGUGUAUACACACCUGUGACAUGACACAUUUUCUUUCGUCUUCCUCUUUGGAUUGUUUGUGCCAUGUCCAUAUGUUUUUCAGCUGGUGUAUUUUCAUUGAAUUUCCUUGUAAAAGCAUGUAUCACACUGUUGUUUGAGCCUAUUCUAACACACAAACUAGCCUUUCAUCGAUUGUGAUUGAUGUUUUUCAUCCUGGAAAAAAAGAGAAAGUAAAACAAACAAAUUUUAAAUUUAAGAUUACUUGUUACAAAUCUUGUUGUUGUGAGAUAAUUUUAGUGAGAAUUGGCUCUGUUUGAAAUGAGAUUUAAAAAAAAAAAAAAAAAACUGGAACACCCUGUGUGAAUCAAGUGGGAACUGAUCGUGCCUUCAUGUGUCGCGUGACGACGUAUUCUUAUGCCACUGCGCAAACUAAUUUGUUCGGAACAUUUCAAACGUUGUUUGUCAGGAACCGAGGACCCCCUGUAACAGUUUCGACCCCAACCCAAUAGCCAACACAUUAUUAGAUAUGAUUUUUAUCUUGGGGUUAAAAAUGUAAUAUGUAGGUUUAUUGUCCCAUCAAAUGCAUCGUUUUUUUAAUUGUGUAUUCAUCAGCAUUUGUUAAUUUGUUACUGUAAUUGUUUAAUGAUGAAAUCAACUAUUUAUAUAAUAGUACAGUGGAUUAAGCAGAUGAGUGACCAUUCUCUUACUAGCCAAAAGGUGUCAAACUCAAGAGUUGCAGGCCAGAUCCAGCCCUUCUUGUCAAUUUACAUGGCGUGUGAAAGCUUGCCACAAUUUUUCCUUGACCUUAAAGUGAAGAUGAGAUGGCUUCCUAAAAAAACUUAGCGAUAAACAGUUUUUUUGUAAAAAUGAUAUCAGACGCAUGGCUAUUCAUUCAUCGAUUCUGACGAUAAUUAAAUCACCGUCUGGGCAUUCAAAAAGGCACCUCAAAAUACAGUUGCCAUAUUGUGACAUCAGAGGUUGAAUGUUUUCACUAGAGGGAGCGGUGGCCUUCGCUUCUAAACAAUCAUGGACGAACACGAGGAAGACUGUGCCAGUGACUUCAGCAAAGAAAUCAGCGAUAUUUCCGUUGAAAGCGAAACAGAACGUGGUACUGACAGCAAUGAUGAUGAUGAUGUGUUACCGUAAUUUUUCGUGUAUAAUGCGCAUUUUUUUCCCCAAAAAUUGUGAAAAGUCAAUAGUGCGCAUUAUACAUAGGUAUAGGGGGAAAUGAAAAAAACCUAUCACAUUUUAUAAAUGUAUGCCGCCAUCUAGAAGUUAUGAAAAGCUGUCCACUUUCAUUCCAAUAUGCCACUGCCACCUAGAGGUUUUGAGAAAGGUGUACACUUUAAUUCAAAUAUGCCACCGCCACCUAGAGGUUAUGAAAAAGGUGUGGCCUACAAUUUCAUUCCAAUAUGACAAGGGUACGUAUGACUGCAUAUAUGUACAGUUGUGCUCAUAAGUUUACAUACCCUGGCAGAAUUGGUGAAAUAUAUUUUUUUUCAAAUACAACUGAUGACUCAACAAAAAAACAUAAUUAAUUUCUUUAUGGUUAUGUUUUGUUUAAUGAUAAUGUUUUUUUCUGAAAAGCUGUUCGUCGUGCCUACAUGGCGGCCAUGUUGGGAAGGUCGUCUUUACCAUGAAGGCAACGGCGUGCAACUUGUCGUGUUUACAUUUAGACGAACAAAAACAACAGCUUUCAUGUAUUGUAGUAUUUGUCUGGCACUGUCUGCCCAAACGGGGAUAUUUCAGUUCACUUAUAAAUUGAGAAAACACCGUGCAGUAAAUUGCAAAUGCUUUGUUGUAGUUCUGACUGUGCAUACACACACGCCCACACACAACAACAUCAGAAUUAGCAGAAUUUGCAUUUUAUUUUAUUUUAUUUUUUUUUUAAAUUGAUGUUCAUACUGUGGUUAAAAAAUCGGAAGU